AUGAUGCUGAGAAAGGCAAUAAGGCUGAUCUCCAAGAGCCAUAAGCUGGACCCAGGAUGCUUUCUGCCUGUGAGCACCAGGGCAUCACAAAGCAUUGCUGUCAGUCUGGAUGCCCAGGUUCCAGAUGAGAAAUCCAGAGCCAUUUCUCGAACACAAGAGAAUGACCCAGCCAAGCAUGGGGAGCAGCACCUGUGUCAGCAUUACAACAUUCCCCUGGAGGAACUGAAGACUAUUUUGCCACAUGGACUUCCCCCUCGUUUUGGAAUGCAGGUGAAGACCUUCAAUGAAGCCUGCUUAAUGGUGCGGAAGCCAGGCCUAGAGCUCCUGAACUAUUUGAAAAACACAAACUUUGCUAACCCUGCUGUCCGAUAUGUCCUUUAUGGAGAAAAGGGCACAGGAAAAACUCUUACUCUUUGCCAUGUAGUUCAUUUCUGUGCAAAACAGGACUGGUUGACAAUGCACAUUCCAGAUGCUCACCGUUGGAUGAAAAAUUGCCAGGACCUUCUUCAUUCAGCCUAUAACAAAGAACGUUAUGAUCAACCUCUACAAGCCUCAACUUGGCUAAAGAAUUUCAAAACCUCAAAUGAGCGGUUCCUGAAUCAGAUCAAGAUCCAACAGAAGUACAUCUGGAACAAACGGGAAAGCAUAGAGGAGGGCAGACCUCUUGGAGAAGUAGUUGAGCAGGGCCUAACUCGAGUGAAAAAUGCCAGUGAUGCUGUCGGGAUUGUGAUGAAAGAGCUAAAGAGACAAAGUUCUUUGGGCUCCUUCCGCCUUCUGGUGGCAGUGGAUGGAGUCAAUGCUCUCUGGGGGAAGACCACACUGAAAAAGGAAGACAAAAGCCUGAUUGCCCCAGAGGAGCUAACACUUGUACAUAAUAUGAAGAAAAUGGUGACAAAUGAUUGGCACGGAGGUGCCAUUGUGGUGAGUCUGAGCCAGACUGGCUCUCUCUUCAAACCAAGGGCUGCCUAUCUGCCCCAAGACUUGCUAGGAAAGGAAGGUUUUGAUGACCUAGACCCCUUUAUUCCUAUCCAAGUUCACAAUUAUACCACAAAAGAGUUUGAAAGUUGUUUCCAGUAUUAUCUGGAAAACAGAUGGCUUCAGCACAAGAAAGCUCACACAGAAGAAGGAAAAAAGGAGCUGCUUUUCCUUAGUAACUCAAAUCCCUGGCAACUAGAACGGCUCUGUGCUUAUCUCUAAAUCAUGCCUGUCUCCACCAGGCCCAGUACUUGAACCAAACUGCUGUAUUGGGAGGUAAUCCCCACACAAGGAAGAGUGGAAGAAACCUGCUCUUCCUGAGGCCAUGGCACCCGACUCAAAUGAAUUCAAUUGGAGUUCUUCAACUGGCAGAUAAUCUCACUGAGCUCCAAGAGUCCUGGAGAAUGAAAGAGCUACCGCAGCAUUAGAGCUCGGAAGACUUUUUCCUUUAAUAGAAGAGUGGGGGAAGGAGAAGAGAAUGGAGCCUGUCUGUAAGCUGAUAAGCUUGACUGAUCAUGAAAUAUCAUGUAUCUCUUUUAUUGAUCAGAAUGUUGUGCAAAUUAUCUUGGUCACUGUGUCUGGUGUUGUAACUGAGCUUUUUUUCGUCUUUCAUUAAAGGAAAAUCCAAAAUGGGGGAAGGCAGAGUCCAGAAAUUACAUCAGUAAGACUUUUUUGUUUCAAUAAAAGGU